GUGUGGACGAACAACAUGGCGUUGAAUUGUGCAAUUAGCAAUGAGGUUCCCGAGCAUCCUUGUGUUUCUCCAGUCUCAAGUUGUGUGUUUGAGAGGAGGCUAAUAGAAAAAUACAUUGCUGAGAAUGGUGUUGAUCCUAUUACUAAUGAGGUUUUAACAGAAGAGCAGCUUAUUGACAUUAAAGCAAGUCCACUGGUGAAGCCUAAACCUCCAUCUGCCACAAGCAUUCCUGCCAUUUUGAAGUCAUUGCAAGAUGAAUGGGAUGCAACAAUGCUUCACAGUUUUAGCCUUAGGCAGCAGCUUCAAACAGCAAGACAAGAACUUUCCCAUGCAUUGUACCAGCAUGAUGCUGCAUGUCGGGUCAUUGCCCGUCUUACCAAGGAAGUUACAGCUGCCAGAGAAGCUCUGGCCACCCUGAAACCUCAAGCUGGCAUUGUUGCCAUGGCGCCAACACCUGUUGCUCCAGCAGUACCAAAUGUCAAUAAUGACGAGCCAAUGGAAGUCAAGGUUGGUGAAGAAAGUGGAAUGACAGAUGACGUUCUGCAGAAGUUGCAAGAUAAAGCUACAACUCUUACGGCUGAAAGGAAAAAGAGAGGAAAGAAAAUACCAGAAAGUCUGGCAACAGUUGAUGAACUUCGCUCUUAUAAACAAAUAUCAUCACACCUUGGUCUACACAGUGCUAGUAACCCUGGAAUCUUAGCUUUGGAUCUCCAUGCUGCUGAUACUUCUCGUGUUCUUACAGGUGGUUUGGAUAAGAAUGCAGUGGUUUUCCAUCGAGAAACUGAACAGGUUGUAGCAACCCUUAAAGGUCAUUCCAAGAAAGUUACGAGUGUGGUUUAUCAUCCAACAGAGGACAUUGUGUUCACUGCAUCACCUGACACAACAAUACGCGUUUGGUCUGUUUCAAACUCAAGUUGUACAGAAAUUGUCAAGGCACACGAUGCUCCUGUGACAGGCAUUAGUUUACAUGCUACUGGUGACUAUCUCCUAAGUUGCUCCUUAGAUCAGCAUUGGGCUUUCUCUGACAUACGAACCGGUCGCGUUUUAACAAAAUGUAUUUCUGACGUAUCAUCAAGUCAGUCUUUGACCUGUGCACAAUUUCAUCCUGAUGGUUUAAUCUUUGGAACUGGGACAACUGACAGUGUAAUAAAAAUAUGGGAUUUAAAAGAACGAGCAAACGUUGCCAAUUUCCCUGGACAUUCUGGUCCAGUAACUAGUAUUUCAUUUUCUGAAAACGGAUAUUAUUUGGCAACAUCCGCCGAUGAUUCUGUUGUCAAGCUUUGGGAUUUAAGGAAACUAAAAAAUUUCAAAACUAUUGCUUUGGAAGAUCGUUAUGAGGUGAAAUCUUUGGGAUUUGACCAAAGUGGUGUAUAUUUAGCUGUUGCUGGUUCAGAUGUGCAAAUAUACAUGGUUAAGCAAUGGGAGCUGUUAAAAACAUUUACUGAUCAUUCGGGUGUUGCAACUGGUGUGAAAUUUGGUAAAAAUGCUAGUUUCAUUGCAUCCACUGGAAUGGAUCGAAAUCUAAAGUUCUACGCUUGAUUUUGUUUCUCCCAUUUUAUUCUGGUUCUACCUACGUACCUGUAUAUUUGUAUACAGCACAGAACAAGUUUUGUGCAUUAUUUCUAUGGCUAGACUGUGACAACUGGCGGAACUAGACUUCAUGAAAUGUUUUGGGUCUAAGUUUCGUAUUUUAGUUUUAAUUAUGUAAAAAUUCAUUUAAUCCAUUACUCGUUCAAUAAUGUUCAAUGUUUUAACAAAAAACUGUUUGGUUAGUAUUUGAUACUUCUCUAAAGAUGAAAAUACUCUUUAUGCAACGUUUAUUUUUCUCCACGAACAGACAAGCAUGCAUGCAUAAAUGUAUCAUCAAAAGAGAGAACAUUUGUUGUUAAUGUGUGAAAAUAUAGAUACAGAUACAUGCUGAAUGCAAAAA